AUGCGCAGAAUUAUAUUUGGAGGUCGAUUUGGAAAUCGUUUCGCACGUCGAUUUGCACGUAGGUUAUUGAUAAUAAUUAUGGUCGUUCUUUCUCCUUUCUUCUUGUUGCGAUUGUAUAAUUCACCUCAACACAACCUCCUUGGUUUUCGUAAUCUUAUUUUUAUUGGUCGUCGCCCACAAUCCCAUUUGCGAUGCGUUAAUGAGAUUCCUGUCAUCCAAUCCAAUCUAUCAGCAUAUGCGGUGUGUAAAUCACAAAUAUCAAAGCCAUUAGUAUGCAACAGACUUUCUGAAGGAAGAAUCCAUGUUAGUACAAAUCCUGAGAAGGUUGACUGGAUUCCUUUUGUAUCAAAUAAUUGGGGAAACUCAUUAUCGCCUUAUUGGCAAGCUCGAGGUGCAGCUUUUCUAAUGGGAAGUCCAUUUUCAUUUAGUGGAUGGAAUACUCCUACGUGGAUUGGUUUCCUUCCUGUAUCUGUUGCGCCUGUGUCUUCGAACUCAUGUGUCAAGGCUUACCCUGAACUAUUUCGCCGCAUGUGUGAUGAUCCUGGACCUGAGUGUGAUAUGGUAUAUGCACAUAAAUGUGUUGGAGCAUGGAACUAUAUUCGAAAUCAAAUACUACAAGAAACUAGAUCGGCAUUAGAACGUUGGGCUCAAUUAAACAACGAAACGAAACCCAUUUUCAAUCCUUCCGAUAUGGUGAUGUACGAUCGCUGCUCAGAAGAUAAUACCCUUUAUCAUCCUGAAUAUGCACCUAUAGGCUUUAGUGCUUUCAAAUGCAUUCCAAAAAUAGUGACAGUUUUAUAUCAUGUGUACGAUGAAGCGCAAACCACCCUUUUUUGUGACGCUCUACGUAAAGAACAAACAAAAUAUCUGAAAGCUAUACGUCCAGAUAUUGCAGUUAUACCUUCACGAGGUAGCGCAUGGAAAGAUUUUGCUAAACUCGUCUAUGCUCCCUAUGUGUUAGUUAUUUCUACUGGGUCAACGUUUGCGCUGUGGGCCACUUUGGCAAACGUUGGACAUGUAUGGAUUCCACCACUGUAUGGUGGAAUGACGCCAGAUGUUGGAAGCAACUACCAUUGGAUUAGUACGCCAAUAUUGUAUCCCUCUGUCGGAAAGAAAUUAAACUUCACAAAACCAAGAGACAUAAAUGGUGCUAACAAGCUUAUCGAGUGGCUGAGAAAUGCAUGA